AUGAUCUAUCUCUCGUUGAAGGUCAUGGAAAAUUUGGCCUCGAAUUUCAAUUUUUUUCGCGAUAUCCCUUACUUCGGCCAAACGUUCGAAGUGAACCUAUUCCGGGCCCCUCUAGACAAUCUGAGUUUGCGGUAA